AUGUUCGCUCCGGCCACGACGUUUGUGCAGUGGUAUCCGGUGUUGGCGGCCGACCACGUGGACUCAGGGAGGGCCCACCCUGUUCAGCUACUGGGCAAGAACCUGGUGGUGUGGCGGAACAAGGGGGGUCGCUGGUCGUGCUUCGAUGACCGCUGCCCUCACAGAGCGGCACCACUCACCGAGGGGAGGAUAGAGGACGACGGCUCUCUCCUCUGUGCGUACCACGCGUGGCGUUUCGACGCCGACGGCAAGUGCCUGAGCAUCCCUCAGAGCGACAGGGGAGGCAAGGACGAGGCCCAGCCCAAGGCGUGUGCCAAGGUCUACCCCACACAGGUCGCUCAAGACAUGAUCUGGGUGUGGGCCGAGAACGGCCCGGACGCUGGUUUAGAGAGCGCCCUCACGCCGCCCCACCUCAUCCCCGAGCUGGACGACAAAGAGGGGCUAGCAUCUGGCAGGGUGGUUCCGCAGGGGGUCCAGCACACUGACCUGGCCUACGGGUGGGACACCAUGAUGGAGAACUUCGUGGAUCCAGCGCACGUGCCGUCUGCCCACCAUGGGGUCGCUGGAGAUCGCUACAAGGACGUUCGGCCGAUAGACUUCGAGCUCGACAAGGAAUGGCCCGUCACGGCUACGAGCGGUUUCCGAUUCAAGUUUGACGACGAAAUUACGGACACCCACAACAAGGUCACCUUCGUGCCGCCUUGCCUGGUUCUGGUGGAGAAUGCGGAUUAUUCCGGGACUCUGAAGCUGAUGCUGUACGGGAUUCCUACCAAGCCCGGGUGGUCUCGUCUGGUGGGCCGCCAGGCGUACGUGCACAAGUAUGCUCCCAAGUCUAAGGAGGCAAAGGCGCUCCACAAGGAGAACAAGCGUCUUGGCAAGAAGACAUCAGGGUUGUUGGUCGCCGCCAGGAUCACGUCCAAGUUUCCCCAAUGGCUCAUGCACGCCACGUCCGGCAUCUUCUUGUACCAAGAUAUGGUGUUCCUUCAUCACCAGGAAAAGACGCUGGCUUCGGUGGGGUACGAUGGUACCAGUGCUUCCAGCUACUCGAAUGCUGUGUAUACCCCAGCUCCCGCUGAUCGAGCUGUCAUGGCCGUGAGGAAGUGGAUCGCCACGCAUGGCUCCGGCGGGCCCGCGUGGGAUAAAGACUGCGACCCGACCCUGCCGGAGCGUGAACACAAACGCGAAGUCCUGUUCGACUACUAUGAGGGCCACACGAAAACGUGCAGCACCUGCCUGCGUGCGUUGAAGAACGUCAACAGGUUGUUGGCAGCAAGCAAGACGGCUACCGUGGUCUCCUUCACCUGGGGGCUGCUACGAGGGGCACGCGCUGUGAGCACGCCGGCAGCCGUAGGUUCGCGGUCUGCCGGUGUUAUCAAUGCCGUGACGGCUAGGGCCAUGCUUCCAGCGGUGGCUGUGACGCUCGCCAGCCUGGGGGCUGUCAAGGCACUGGAGAAAUUUCGCAGCCUAUACUACACUUACUCCUUCCACCACCAAGACAAUCCCUGA